UAUUUGGCGAUUUUCCGUGCAUAUUUUGGCUGUCCCUAGUUAUAAGAUUUGCUUUGGGGGAUUUGCUUGAGUGUCUCUGGGUAUGGUUUUUCUUGUUUGAGGGAUUAGAUGUUUUGUUUGGGGAUGUGACGGACUGUUUUGGUGGGGGAUGGAGGCAGAGAUGAGCUGGGGCAUUAAUUGAAUGUCUUGGGGUGGUUUGGGAGCAAUGCUGAUGGUCGGUUUUUGUGGUAUUAUGCAGAUGUGUGCUUCAACAACAAACACUGCUAGUACGUUUGUGGAUGAAGGUCUGAAACAUCUGCAGCUACAGCAAGACAAGCGUUUUUGUGGGAAGUAUUCAAAAUGA